AUGGGUGCAGAAGACUCAGUGAAGCGUCCUCUUGUAUUUGCCUAUUACGUCACCGGUCAUGGCUUUGGCCAUGCCACCCGCGUUGUCGAGGUCCUUCUGGACUGUGGUGCAGUUCAAGCAGAUGCUUUGACAGUUGACCGCCUCGCAUCUUUGGAGAAGUAUUCUGAGACGGCUGUAGUACCCCGCGACACUAUCAUGGCUACAGAAGUUGAGUGGCUAAAGUCCAUCAAUGCAGACUUAGUGGUAUCGGAUGUUGUUCCAGUUGCUUGUCGUGCAGCAGCUGAUGCUGGGAUUCGUUCCGUUUGUGUCACCAAUUUCAGUUGGGAUUUCAUUUAUGCUGAAUACGUAAUGGCUGCUGGUCAUCAUCAUCGAUCCAUAGUUUGGCAGAUAGCUGAGGAUUAUUCGCACUGUGAAUUCCUUAUCCGAUUGCCAGGAUACUGUCCAAUGCCUGCCUUUCGUGAUGCAAUCGAUGUGCCUUUGGUAGUGAGAAGGUUGCACAAGUCUCGCGAUGAGGUGAGGAGAGAUCUCGGAAUUUCGGAGGAUAUGAAGAUUGCUAUUCUCAACUUUGGCGGACAGCCAUCGGGUUGGACUUUAAAGGAGGAGUACCUGCCUGAGGGUUGGAUCUGUCUGGUUUGUGGUGCUUCUGAAAGUUUGGACCUUCCUCCGAAUUUCGUAAAGCUAGCAAAAGACACAUAUACCCCUGAUGUGAUUGCUGCGUCUGAUUGCAUGCUUGGAAAAAUCGGAUAUGGUACAGUUAGUGAAGCCCUUGCAUACAAGAUACCGUUUGUCUUUGUUCGUAGGGAUUAUUUCAACGAAGAACCUUUCUUGAGAAAUAUGCUUGAGUUUUAUCAAGGUGGUGUUGAGAUGAUAAGAAGGGAUUUACUAACCGGACAUUGGAGACCGUAUCUCGAACGGGCAAUCAGCUUAAAACCGUGCUACGAGAGUGGCAUUAACGGUGGUGAGGUAGCAGCUCGUAUUCUGCAAGAUACAGCCUACGGAAAAAACUACGCGUCCGAUAAGCUAAGUGGGUCCCGCAGAUUGCGAGAUGCGAUCGUUCUUGGGUAUGAAUUGCAACGUGUCCCGGGUAGGGAUCUCAGCAUUCCAGAUUGGUAUGCAAAUGCUGAAAACGAACUCGGUCUUCGUACUGGUUCUCCUACUACUGCUAUAUUACGUGGUGACGAUAAUUUUCCUUUGCCUUCAUUCCCCGAGGAAUUUGAGAUUCUUGACGGGGAUAUUUUGGGUCUUUCGGAUACUGUUAAUUUCUUGAAGAGCUUGUCGGGACUCGAUUCCGUUCUCGAUUCCGAAAAGGGUACUGAAAAGAACCAGCUUAGGGAGAGAAAAGCUGCUGCUGGUCUCUUUAAUUGGGAGGAAGAUAUUUUCGUGACGAGAGCACCCGGAAGAUUGGAUGUGAUGGGUGGAAUUGCUGAUUAUUCUGGAAGCCUUGUAUUGCAGAUGCCGACUAGAGAAGCUUGCCAUGUUGCUAUACAAAAGAUCUGUCCGAAUAAACAGAGACUGUGGAAACACGCUCAGGCUCGACAGAGCGCUAAAGGACAACAAGGACCGACUCCCGUUUUGCAAAUCGUUUCGUAUGGCUCUGAAUUAAGCAACCGUGGGCCCACCUUUGACAUGGAUUUGUCGGAUUUCAUGGAGGAUGACAAACCAUUGUCGUACGAAAAGGCCAGAAGCUACUUUGCUCGUGAUCCAUCGCAAAGAUGGGCAGCCUAUAUAGCGGGUACAAUUCUUGUUCUGAUGAAAGAACUCGGCGUACAUUUUGACAACAGUAUUAGUAUGCUGGUUUCUUCGGCUGUGCCAGAAGGCAAAGGUGUCUCGUCUUCUGCAGCUGUCGAGGUCGCUACCAUGUCUGCAAUUGCUGCUGCUCACGGGCUAAACAUCAACCCCAGAGACCUUGCUUUGCUCUGCCAAAAGGUGGAAAAUCACGUAGUUGGAGCUCCAUGCGGUGUAAUGGAUCAAAUGACUUCCGCGUGUGGUGAAGCUAACAAACUUCUUGCUAUGGUUUGCCAGUCCGAUCACAACGAUCCAGUCACUGUAAUAGAUAGCAAGAGGAAUUACGGGAUCAGAGCUGCCACUCGACAUCCUAUAUACGAAAAUUUCCGAGUCAAGGCCUUCAAAGCGCUACUAACAUCUUCGACUUCAGACGACCAAUUCACUGCUCUCGGAGAAUUAUUGUAUCAGUGCCACUACAGCUACAGUGCAUGUGGGCUUGGAUCAGAUGGUACAGACAGACUAGUACAGCUGGUGCAAGAAAUGCACCACAGUAAACUUUCUCGGUCGGGUGAAGGAACUCUUUAUGGUGCUAAAAUUACCGGUGGAGGAUCAGGUGGCACCGUUUGCGUCGUCGGCAGAAAUUGCCUGCGAAGCAGUGAGCAAAUUCUUCAGAUUCAGAAGAGGUACAAAGGAGCAACUGGAUAUCUGCCAAUUGUUUUCGAGGGUUCUUCUCCGGGUGCCGGAAAGUUUGGCCAUCUCAGAAUUCGUCGCCGGAGCAAAGAUUGAACUUUUUUAAGUUGCAGAGAAUAAUGGAAUUAAAUUACCAUCUCUACCCUCCAUUUCGAGACUUUUCAUAUUAUUAUCUCGAUUGUUUUAUCAAUCUGUUUCGAACAAAAUAAUCGAAAAAAAUAAAAAAUAAAAAUAGAAUUAUUCAUCGAAAAGAUGGAAAA